AUGUACACAAAUGCACAAGGUCUACUCAGCAAAUUAGCUGAAUUAAGACUUCGACACGCGUCUGCAGCUUGGGACCUCAUCGCUGUCACCGAAACGUGGUUGCGCUGCGAGAUAACGGAUGCUGAAAUUGCACUAACAGGCAUGUCCGUUGUCCGGAAGGAUCGAACCAGCAAAGGUGGUGGGGUAGCCCUUUACUUUCGUAACAACAUGCAAUGCGAACACAUAAACGAUCUGGACACUGAUGUGCCUGAAGCCAUUUGGUGUAAUUUGCAACUAAGAGGGAACGAUUUUGGCCUACUGGUAGUUGCUUACAGCCCACCGUCGUCUACUGAGAUGGACUGCAAUUUGAUGGCUGCAUUGAAGCACGUGAUAAACAGGAAGUACAGUCACAUUCUAGACACCGGUGGAUUCAACUUACAUGCCCUCGAAUCCCAGGCCACACCAGGAGGGCAAUUCAAAGCAGAUUUGCAAAAUCUGGUUUCAGACUUCCCGCUUUAUGGCCACGUCACUAAGCCCACCAGAUUCAGGGGAACUGACAAGACAUCCAUGUUGGACCGAAUAUUCACCAAUGAAGAAUUAAUGGUCGAGAGAGUAAUAAUGGAUACUCCCCUGGACCACAGUGAGCAUGUGACGCUAGUGUUUCAUUACAGGUGUUACGCGGAUUAUCCUAAAGAGCAUGCCAAGGAAUAUCGUGUCGUAAUCAACUAUGAAGACUUGUCCGACCUCACUGAUGCAACCAGCUGGUCGUUCUUAGGUGAAUUAACCCCGAGGUGGCCUGCGGUGAAUUCGUAA